AUGUUUGGUGGAAAGAAGUUUGUGCCUCCGCUUUUGAAGAAGCCGGCACCGGUGGCGACAGCAGGUACGGAUGAUCAGCCUCCGGCGAAGCGUGCGAGGAUUGAGCCCCGCGGUGGUGGGAGAUCGUUGAAGCUUGGCGGACCGAUUAAGAGGAAGCCGUUACUUCUCGUUGGGAAUCCGCAGCUGGGGGUUGCGGUGACGGCGGGGGAGGAGGGUACGGCGGAGGAGGCUUAUUUUGGUGUGCUUUGGAGGAAACCGACGACGAAGAAGCAUAAGACGUUUGAUGGCGAUGGGGUCUUGGUGAUUGGUGGGGGGUAUGCUGUGCUUCAGGAUACUAGUGGGAAGGAGUAUGUUUGUUGUCUAUCUAUCUAUCCAUCUUGCUUGGUAUGGGGUGGUCUGACAAUAGUGACGGCAGUCUCGGGAGAACAAUGUUCAAACGAACCCUCGAAGUUGGUUCGACCACCUUCAUCGCCGGGAAGGAGAUUGAGGUCGAUUCCGUGCUUUCGAGGGAAGAGUACCUUGCCGGCAGACCGUUUCUGAAGAAUGCUGCUCCGCCUCCUUCGUCAACCAAAGCAUCGACGGCACCGCAGAGGGAGUCGUUCACAGCCGUAGCGCCAGGGAGUUUUUUCGGUAGCAAGUUCAAGACCCCACUCCUCAAUUCCACUGUUAUGGAAAAGGCCUAUUCGAAAGUACCGGCACCUAGACACGACCCUAAAGCGGAAGGUGCUCUCGUCCUGACCCGUCCCAGCGAGAAGAGUGUACCAGCCGGAAAAUCCAUCGUGGACGUGGUUGUCGACCCGUUCAUUUCGCGCAGUCUGCGGCCGCACCAGAGGGAGGGAGUGAUGUUUUUGUAUGAGGCUGUGAUGGGACUUAAGCCGUUCGAUGGACGGGGGGCGAUUCUGGCGGACGAGAUGGGGCUGGGGAAGACUUUGCAGACUAUGUUGGUCCCGUGUCAAUCUGGGGAGUGGGGUUCUGCGAUGAUGAGCGUGCUAACCUGGUGUUUUCAGUGCGCUCUUAUGGACUCUGUUGAGUGAGUGGGGGUUCGUGAUGUAUAGGGGUGCGGGUGCUAAUUGAUGUAGAACAAAAUCCGAUUUAUGGCGAUAAACCGGUGAUUAAACGAGCACUUAUUGUAUGUCCUGUGACAUUGAUCAACAAUUGGAGUAAAGAGUUCCGGAAGUGGUUGGGUAGAGAGCGGAUCGGCGUGCUUGUGGCCGAUUCGAAAGCGAACAUUAGGGACUUUACCCGUGGGAGGAGCUAUUCUGUCAUGGUAAUUGGCUACGAGAAGGUCUGUCGGUUUGAAUCACGUUUUUCUGGUGCCGUUCCUAAAUCCUUCUCAUUCUAGCUACAAAAAGUUCAGCAGGAGUUACAAACUGCAGAUGUUGACAUUGUCAUUGCCGAUGAGGGGCACAGGCUCAAGACUGAGAAGAAUAAGUCUGCGCAGGCUAUCCGGGGAUUGAAGACUAAGAGGAGGGUCAUUCUUAGCGGUACGCCGCUGCAGAAUGAUCUUCAUGAGUAUUUCAUCAUGGUGUGAGUCGUGCUCCAAUGUUGGAUAUGAUACCUUGAAUGAUUGCUAAUUUUUGGAUCCAUUUAUCAGGGACUUUGUCAAUCCUGGACUGCUUGAGAGUUACUCGACUUUCAGGAAGGAGUUUGAGAACCCGAUUGUUCGAAGCCGGCAACCUGGCGCUUCGAAGAAGGAUGUUGAGAAAGGGAAGGCGCGGAAUGAAGAGGUAGUUGCUCCAAUGAUCUUGCUAUCGUGGUCUGUCGCUAACGAGGUAAAUAGCUUGCCCGUUUGACAAAGUUGUUUGUGCUCCGUAGGACCGCAGAGAUAUUGUCAACGUAUCUUCCACCUAAGAGUAGGUAAUCUGAGGGUUGAUCUGAGGGUGUGAUUGCUAACGAAUGAAUAGCGGAGUACGUAGUCUUUUGUAGACCAACCCCAAGGCAACUUAAGGUCUACAAGAGUAUUCUGGAGUCUUCUGCUUUUAGCAGAUGCUUGGGGUCUCCUGAUGCCUCUCUUCUACUUAUCACUGUUCUCAAGAAGCUUUGCAAUUCGCCGGGGCUGUUGGCUGAUAGACCGGGGAAGGAAACUGUAAGAACACUUCACUGUUUUGCAUAACAGGGCGUUGACGGAAGUGUAUCAAAGAACGAGAACAUCAAAGGCCUCUUGGCGGGUGUCAACCCCAAGUUACUCGAAUCCAAGAGCGACUCGCACAGCGGGAAGUUCAGGGUUCUUGAGCGCCUGCUCCUGGCCUUGAAGAAUACCACCGACGAGAAGAUUGUGCUGGUAUCGAAUUAUACUUCUACACUCGAUUUGCUGCAGAACCUCCUCCGCUCUAGAGGCCUUAGCUACUUGAGGCUUGACGGUGCCACGCCGACUAAUAAAAGACAGGAGCUUGUUGACCAAUUUAAUCGGACUAAUAGUACUGCUGCCUGUAAGGCUUCGCCCCUAGAUUGUUGUAUGGAAUAGGGGGCUAAUGUGGAGUAAAGUUGCGUUCCUGCUAUCUGCCAAGAGUGGCGGUGCGGGCCUUAACUUGAUUGGAGCUUCUAGGCUUGUCCUGUUUGAUUUGGACUGGAAUCCGGCUACGGAUGCCCAGGCGAUGGCGAGAAUCCAUAGAGAUGGUCAAAGGAGGGAGGUUAAGAUUUAUAGGAUGCUUACGUGAGCUGCACCCUACGGUUAUUUGCUGUUUGGUGAACUAAUUUUGUUUUGAGCAAAGCACUGGGUGCUUUGACGAAAAGAUAUAUCAAAGACAGCUCACAAAGACUGGCCUGGCGGACUCAGUCAUGGACCAGAAGGCUACCGCGAGUAGUUUUACUCGAGAGGAAUUAAGGGAUCUAUUCUCCCUCGAUACAGAGACUAACUGUCUCACGCAUGAUCUACUAUGCUGUGAAUGUGAGGGCAAAGGCUACGUUUCUGGGGUUGCGGAAACCAAGUCGCCGUUUUUCGAGCAUAGCGAGGAGGAGAAAGAAGAUAGCGAUGAAGAGGAUGAGCCAAAGUAUCCUGGGUUGAUGAAAGCCAGUGAAGUCGACUUUGAAAAAGUCGAAGAGGACCGCAAGAAGGCAAUGCAAAAGGGUAGAGGUGUCGGCGUGGACAGGAACCAGCUUAGUUCUCUGAUGGAAUACUCGCACAUUUUGACCACUCGUCUUUUGGGCAACGAAAAGAGGGAUGAGGAAGGGGAAGGUGAAGAGGAAUACGAUGAAGUUAGUAUUGAAGAUGAGGUUCUGGCGAAGGUUAUUAGGAAUGGAGCGGCGAAGGAGGUUAGCUUUGUUUUUCAAAAGACUUAGGCAUCCAUGGACCUCUUUUCUAUUCACCGGCAUGUAUCUAGGCGUUUCAGGUAUAUAUAUUACUUGAUUAUCAUAGAGAAUUGGCGUCGUUUAUAAGUAUCAUAAUAUUAUUAUUAUAAGAUGAUACUUUAGGCUUUUUCAAAUCUCAAAACGUAACCUAGAACCCAAGUUCCCUAGUUUUGUCUUGAUUUCCUUCGACUAAAUUUUCGAAAGUGCCUCUUUGUUCACAAACCUGCUCAAAAGCGUCCACUCCCGGCCUCUCACAUACUACCACCAACCAACCAACAAACCAAUCACCUCCACCUUUCUAAAAACUAAACCAGAGAAUCAUUCCGCUGCUACCCGCGUUAGUGGAAAUCGUUAUGCCGUCGAAUGUAUACUUCAAGGGUCUUAGCUAUCCCCAUACUUCCACCACUCAAGAGGCUGGAGGCGUAUUCUGUAACCUACUUAUUACCCCUACGAGAAAAUAUACCACGAACCCAUGGCUGACGAGCACUCGAAAAGAUCCCCAUUCAGUCGAUAACACCGGAAUCCAUUUGCCAUCCCCGUUCAUUUCCCUUGAUACGUUUCCUCCGAAGUAUGAUCGGAGGAGAGCCUAUCUAGCGAAGGAGCAUCCUGCGGAAGUAGAGUUGAGGAGGAGGAAGGAGGCUACUGGUACGGCUAGUUGGAGCCCAGAAAGUGUAUUCGCAUUCCCGGCCGCGGUGUUGAGGGAGUCCAAGAGGGUAAUGGUGGAUGAUCUUAGGGAUGUGCCUUCUGAUAUAGUUGCCAGGAGGAUCAGGGAUGCCAUGUGGAGGGCUGUGAAGUGGGAUGCGUCGUCUGUUGCCGGUGCACAUGAUUAUCCUUUCCGGACCGCCACUGUCGGAGAUGCUCCGGGGGAGCAGAGGGGGAGGUUGUUUGGAGCCGGCGAAUCCGAGUCCAGAUCUCAAGACGGUGACGGGGCGGAAGGCGAGAAGAUAACGCACAUGGCCUUUCACCGCACUGCGAGCAUAAUGGCGCUCGCGACGUCGUUUUCUAGGGUUCACUUCUUCGACAUGAAGGCUAACGUGUUCCUCCCGCACUUUCUCUGCGCAUGCAACACCACCGAUCCUAUGUCACCGGAAUUUGUGCGGAUAACUGCGCUGGCGUUCGGCGGCGGGAGUACCAAUUCCUUGGCGGUGGGAUUGGAUUCUGGAUACUUCGACCUCUGGUACAUUGACCUGUCGAAUUCCACCGCUUUUCCGGGUUCCUUCGAGAAUGGGAUUUUUCUGUUUUCCACGCCUUAUGAUUUCCAGGUAUCGCCGACGCCGUCCAGGCCGCCGAGGAUGUUUCUUCCGCACGGGUUCUUCAAGACCAAAGCUUCGCCCGAGACCCAGAGGUUGCUGGGGGAUCCAGACAAAGUUUGCGCAAAGUCCCAGAGGAUUGGGCUUUUGCAGCAGGGGUUUGGGAGGAUGAGGAGUCUUGUUGGUGGGGUUACUACCCUUACUUUCUCCCCGCGGGGGGAGCACGUGCUUGUGGGGACCUCGCUGGGUGGGGUUUGGGUGUA